AUGAUAUUGGUCUUUGAUGAUGAUUAUAUAUUGUAUAAAGCGACUCUAGUUAAUACCGAUUCAGACAUAUGUGAAGCAAUUCCAGCUAAUAAUAAUUUAGACACAUGUGAGGUGACUCCAGUUAAUGACAAUUCAGACACAAUAAUAGUUGGUCAGACUUUUAAAGAAUGGUCUGAUGUUGAGCAGCAUAUUUACACCUAUGCAAUAAAGCAUAGUUUCACUAUAAGAUUAAAUUAUACGGACAAAAAUUUGGGUUUUCUUAUUAGAGCUGAAAUCGUCUGUCACUAUGCUAGAGCUCCAAGUAACAAAAGUAGUGGAUUAAGAAGAACAAAAAGUGUUGCUAUUGAUAUUGCUGCUGUUGUAUUUGAUCUGGGUCAUUGUAAAUUAAGUAAUGUUGAAAAUAUGCAUGUACGAAUGCUUUAUAAUGGGGAAGUACCAGUGCCAACUAUCAUCAAUAUGUUAAGUUUAUCACAAACUGUGAAACUGUUGUGUAGUUUAAAUAACAAUAAUGAGUAUUUGUUUACUUAUUCAGUUAAUAAUAAUAAACUCCACUGUUUAUUUUUUACCACACAUUCUGCUGUUGCAAAAUUUAAAUAUUAUCCAGAAGUUUUAUUAAUGGACUCAACAUAUAAAACAAACUGCUUUGUGAUGCCACUUUUGCUUAUUAGUAGUGUUGAUGCUAUAGGCAUUAUAUUUCUUGUCGCCAGUAGGCUUCUUGCCAAUGAAACAACACCAAGCUUCUAUCUUGCAUUUGUUUCUGCACUUAAAACUGAAGCAUCACAUGUUAGACACCAACUCUGUAUUUGGCAUGUGAAACAAAAUAUCAUUAAAAACUUAAGUAAAAAGCUUAAGAAUAAGUUCAUUGCAUUUAUUAAAGAUUUUAAAACAUUAAUGUUUAAAAGUGUAGAAACCCAAUUUAAUACUUUAUGGGAUCAUUUAAUAGCAUGUUGUUAUACUAAUAAGAAUAUUAAUUAUGAAAUACAAACAACACAGCAGUCUGAGACUAGUAAUGCACAUUUAAAAUGUCUCUUAGGUCAUAUAGCACCCUUAUCUGAAUUAAUCAAUGCAUUAGAGAAGUUAAACUUUGUUUAUUCUUUAUUAUUGAAACAAUAUAAUCUGGCAACCUCUUAUAAUGUUGAAAGAAAAGAGCUUAACUUAUUUCAAGUUUAUCGUAAUGAAGGCCAUAAACCAAGAUUCAAUACUGAUGAUGAUAUGUUUCACUCUGAAGAAAAUUCUAUAGAAUCUAUAACUGAGCUUUCAUAUUUGGCAAGUCAUAGUAAUAGAUCUUUAGCUGAUUUUUUACCUUCUGUUAAUCAUAGUAUUUGUGAUAUAACCAAUCAACAAAUAUCUAUCAAAAGUACUGUGGAUCUGCUUAAAGAUAUUGAAUCAAUCUCUAACAGAGUAGGACAUGUUAAAAUUAAUAAUAUUUUAGCUCAUUUUGUAGAACAAUUGAAUAAUGAUUUUUCUUUAUUGAAAGAAGACAUUGAGGAUUCUAUUAUCGUGAAGACAAAAAAAAAACCAAGUAACACUAAACGUAAAAAGACAGGUACUGAACAUGCUAUUAAAAAAGUAUACAUGUGCAGUAUUUGUAGCAGUACUGGACAUAAUUCCUAA